AUGGAAGCCGCAGCUAACGAUGGUGCCUACGUCUUGCGCGACUUGAUGCGCAAUGCCCCACUGUCGCCUGACGGAGAAGAAGAACAUCAUGUCCACAUAACCUGCGUCGAUGCCUGGGACGGCAACCUGUACAUCGGCACGUCGGCAGGAGAGAUCCUCCAUUUUGUCUCAAUUCCCUCCGACGAUUCAGACCAACCUACCUACAUCCUCGCAUCCCGCUUACAGCCCGAGUAUUCCAACAAACAACAUGAUGCCUUGCCAGCCGUCGAACAGAUCCUGUUGUUACCCUCGGUGGGAAAGGCAUGCGUCCUGUGUCAUGGCACCUUGACCUUCUACACCCUCCCCGAGCUCAGUCCCGCCUUUGGAGGAAAGAUCAAACAGAGCGACUGCACCUGGGUCGGAGGUCUGGACCGCGAUCUGGAUACCCAAGACUUGGAUCCUGCCGAUGGCUGUAUCAUUGUCAUUUGCUUGAGGCAGAAACUGCGUGUCAUCCGUAUCAUGGACCAAGGCUCUCCUCGCAAGAUCAGAGACAUUGAGCUCGGCAAUUGUCUCGACAUACAACGAAGAGCUGAUCUUGCCUGUGUCGCUGAUGCUACUUCCUACGCCUUACUGGACAUUGUCAACCAGCGCAAGAUCGACCUCUUUCCCAUCUCGUCUCUACCCAAUCCCAAUCCAUCCUCUGGUCGCCAGAGCCCAGACAUUGAUCCUCCUCCAAUACAACGUCCGCCAUCGAGAAGCUUUUCAGCCACCAGUCCUGUCCGCAGACCCGACCUUCGCGCUCAAGAUAGGGUAGCCAGCGUUGGAGGCGCUCCUCAGACUCCCGGACGACAGACUCCUGAUCGACUCCACCCCAACGACUCACCUUCACCAUGGCCGCAUCGUGCCGCCUCUCGUCAGGCCAUGUCCCCGAGUCCGACGAGACCACUUGCCAGCCCAUCAGUAGACACUGAGGGCAAGGUGUUACCUCCCACACCUCAGCUCGAACGGCCGCAGCCUCUUCCCCCGACCGCACACGUUUCCCUGAAACCUCACGUCUCCACUCCCACACCCAACGAAUUCCUUUUGACCACUGGCACCACUCCUGAAGAUCCUGCAGUCGGUAUGUUUGUCAAUCUGGAUGGUGAUGUUGUCAGAGGCACCAUCGAGUUUGAGAGUUACCCUGACUCGAUCAUUGUCGACGGUCAAUCUUCAAACUCUUCGAUGCAACAAAUGCCUGGAGACAUGUCUCAAGAAGGCUAUGUAUUGGCUGUCGUGCGUCGUGAGAAGAAUGGAGUCAUCGAGAAACUAGUCGAAUACCAACGCUGGGACGUUGAUCCUUCCGACAACCAAUACCACAAAGACUUUCUCAGCCUGCCGUAUUCUUCCAAGUCCGAAGUACAGAUGGCAUUACGAGAGGCUACUUCCGCGACGACUAUGAGUCUAUCUUCUGUAGGCAAAGCGCUCAGUUUGCGCCGCCUGUAUCUUCAUGAGCCUACAUCAGAGGAAACGGCCGUGGACGUCAAGCGCAACGAUGACGAGGACAAGUUGAUUGAAAGAUUUUCCAGCGUGCAGACCAAAGUCUUGCUUUUCGCAAAUGACUCGAUCUGGUGGCUUGUUCGAAAUCCCUUGGUUGUACGACUUGAAACACAAUUAAGUGCUGCUGUCAACAUAUCAGCCAAUUCCUUCACUGUACAGGGCAAGCAGGUGCAAGCAGUCCUAAACAGCAUCCGUGGUAAAGAAGCCACCAAUGAGUUCGAGUUCUUCGGCUUCAACUAUGUUCGUCAACAAGCCUCGCUACUGCUUUUGAUCGACCUCAUUCUCAAGACCAACCAAAACAUUAUCGCUUCCGAGGCUGAAAAACGUGCGACUCAUGACGCCUUGGUGGAGGGAGAGAUAGAUCCCCGCAUCAUCCUAUCCAUCAUCCCGGUCUUGUCAGACGAGGUUGUUGAAGGUCCACAGGGCCUCUGGAUACCUGGUGGUCUCAAGAAUGCCAUUGAUCAAUUCAAAGCACAAUACCAUGCAGAAUCAAUCAAUCAAGAUCCACAAGGACCCUAUGGAGAUAAUCUGUUGCAAGUAUUGAAGCGUUACCUACAAUCAUGGAGGAGGAAGAAGGGUUUCGGCAGUAUUGCAGAUGAGAAGCAGGUCUCUCACACUGUGGAUGCUGCAUUGUUGUCUCUACUCUUGAUGCUUGACAGCAACACAUUUCCAGGACCAGCAGCACCUGGGUCACUGCGUGCUGAACUCAAUGAUGUGGUCGAUCAAGGUGUUGAAUGUUUUGAUCAUGCAGUUGAACUUCUCGAACGGCACAAACGACUCUACAUCUUGUCCCGACUGUACCAAAGUCGAAGGAUGGUAGGUCAAGUCUUGUCAACCUGGCGUCGCAUACUCGAAUCUUCUGAAGACGUGGGUGGCGAGUUGAUUGAUGGUGAACUCGACGUGCGCAAGUAUGUCACCAGAAUCAAGGAUGUCGAGCUUGUCAAAGAUUACGGUACCUGGCUUGCUAAUCGUAAUCCCCCUCUUGGUGUUCAAAUCUUCGCAGAUGAGAAUGCAAGAGUCAAGUUUACACCUGCUGAGGCAGUUGAUCUAUUAAAAGAGCGUGCCCCAGCUGCCGUCAAGGACUACUUGGAGCACCUUGUGUUUGGCAAAAACCAAAAUCAAUAUGCCAACGACCUUAUUUACUUUUACCUCGAUACCGUCACGCAGGCCAUCGAUGACUCAUCAACGUCUGCAAAGGACAUACUUCUGACGAGCUACCACACCUAUCGAGCCUUGGCCCCACCGAAACCGACAUACAGCCAAUUUAUCCUUGACAACAAUCUCCCAAAUACAUGGUGGAAGAAUAGACUCCGACUUUUGCAGCUCAUCGGUGGCUCUUCUGUAUAUGAUGUAGAAGCUCUGAGCAGCAGGCUGAUAUCAUACUCAGAAGUCCUUGUACCAGAGACUAUCGUUCUUGCCGCCCGGCGCGAUGAGCAUCAAAAAGCUCUCAAGCUCCUCGUCCACGGCCUGGCAGACUUCGAUACGGCUGUACGAUAUUGUCUGCUCGGUGGCAGCAGCAUCUUCCAUCCUGCCUCAUCCUCGACAACCCUUCCUCUACCGUCAAAGGAAGAACAACAGGUUCUGUUUUCUCACCUUUUACACUGUUAUCUCGAUCUCGACGAUCAAGAUCAAAUACUUGAGCGAGUUGCAGAGCUUCUUGAGAAGUUCGGGAGCUGGUUCGAUAUUGCCGAAGUACUGCCCUUACUUUCACCAUCAUGGCCGCUCGAGCAUUUUGGCGCGUUCAUCGCCAGUGCAAUGGGUAGACUUGUAUCUGAGAGAAAUGAGACUGUCAUUGUCAGGGCGCUCGCGGGCGCGCAAAACCUUAGAUUGGCUGUUGAUGUCGUCGAAAAGAUUGAGAAAGAGGGAGCUACUUGGGAGAGUGUCAAGAAAGAUAGCGGUGUUGCUUAG